AGCUAAUUCUUCACUGCCUUUGCUCUUGAGAUUUAGUUUUUGAUUCUGCAAUAGGGAAGAUGGAGAAAGAAUGUUCUCACCUCUACACCAAAAAAACAUAAUCUCUUUCUUUUUCAAGAACCAAAGGCCAGAUUGCUUUUCACCAUAACUGAAGAAUUUUGUAGUUGGAAGCUCAUCAAACAUGGAUGCUUCAUCAACUCCAAUUGAUGGAGUAGAGAACUGGGUUAAUAGUAUUCAUUCUAGUAGCACACAAGACGUUCCAGAGAGGGAUAGUUCACAUAUACCACGUCUGGGUAUGGAGUUUCAAUCUGAAGUAGAAGCAUAUGAGUUUUAUAAUGCAUAUAGUAGGAGGUACGGAUUUGGCAUUCGUCGAGAAUAUGGAAAUAAAAGCAAAAAGGAUGGAAUAUUAACCUCAAGAAGAUUCUCAUGUUAUAAAGAGGGCACACGAGGUACAGACAAACGAGAUAACUUGACAAAAAUUCCAAGGGCAGAAACUAGAACCGGAUGUCAAGCACGAAUGGUUAUUUCACUUGAUAGAAAGCUAGAAAAGUACAAGGUCAGUGAUUUCGUAGAUGAACAUAAUCAUCCUCUUCAACCUCUUGAUUAUGUUCACAUGAUUCGGUCUCAUCGUCACGUGUCUAAGGCACAAGCAUCACAAAUUUUGUUGGCCGAUGCUUCUGGAUUAAAGCCAAGAGAUUUUCAUACAUAUGUGUCACAACAAGCAGGUGGAGUAGAGAGUAUUGGUUAUACAAGAAAAGACCAUAGAAAUUGUCUUCGAACAAAAACAAAACAAUCUUUGGAGUAUGGUGAACUUGGUGCAUUGAUGAUGUACUUCAAAAGCAAGAGUGAAAAUCCUUCAUUCUUUUAUGACUUUCAAAUGGACGUUGAAGACCAGAUAACUAAUAUUUUCUGGACAGAUGCACAAAUGAUAAAUGAUUAUGGAUAUUUUGGGGAUGUUGUCUCAUUUGACACGACAUAUAAGACAAACAAGGAGUAUCGACCGUUGGGAGUAUUUGUGGGACUCAAUAAUCAUAGAAAAACAGUGAUUUUUGGAGCAACAUUGCUAUAUGAUGAAACUAUCCCUUCAUUCCAGUGGCUAUUUGAGACGUUUUUUAAGGCCAUGAGUGGUAGAAAACCAAAGACGAUUUUCACUGAUCAAGAUGCAGCAAUGGCUAGAGCCAUUUGUGUUGUGAUGCCGGAAACAUUUCAUGCAUUGUGCACGUGGCAUAUUAGAGAAAAUGCACUUAAGCAUGUGAACCAUCUAUACCAAAAAAGUUUGCAUUUUUGCGCUGAUUUUGAAGCAUGCAUUGAUUUGCAUGAAACAGAAGAUCAAUUGGAGAAUGCGUGGAGUGCUCUACUUGUUGAUAAUGAUGUUUGCAGUGACUCAUGGUUGCAUACCAUUUUUUUGGUGAAGGAAAAAUGGGCUUGGGCCUAUGUUCGGAAAACGUUCACCGCGGGCAUGAGAUCCACUCAAUUGAGUGAGAGCUUGAACGCUGACUUGAAAAGUCACUUGAAGAGUGAUUUAAAUAUAGUGCGGUUCUUUACCCACUUUGAAAGGGUAGUAAAUGAAAAAAGGCAAAAUGAAGCAGAAGCCGAAUAUGAGUCUGUACACAAGCUGCCCAGAUUUAAAAUGAAGAAGGCUCCUAUGCUCCUGCAGGUUGGGGACAUUUACACUCCUUCCAUAUUUGAAGAAUUUCAAGAAGAGUAUGAGGAAUUUCAAGGGGCUCGUAUUAGACAAGUCAAAGACAAUUUGUUUGUUGUCACAGAUUAUGAUGGUGCCAAACAUCGAUUGGUGAUGUGGAGUCUUACGGAGCAAGCAAUUGCAUGUGAAUGUCGUAAAUAUGAGACACAUGGUAUUUUAUGCAGCCAUGCUUUGAAAGUUUUGGAUUUCAUGAAUAUUAAGAUCAUUCCUCAACAUUACAUACUCAAGCGAUGGACAAAGGAAGCAAGAUUGGGAAGCAAUCGUGAUUUUAAUGGAAAACAUAUUGAGUUGGAUGUCAAAGCUCACUUUAUGAAGAGAUACAACGAGUUGUGUCCCCGAAUGGUAAAAUUAACAAAUAGGGCAUCUGAAUCUCAUGAAGCUUACACCUUUGUGUCUAAAGUGUGUGAAGAGUCUACUAGAAUUAUUGAAGACAUGUUGGCAAAAACGUCUCUGUACGAAGAAUCAAGUGGCGGGUGUCAUGUUGCUAUAUUGAUGGGAUCUAGAAAUAUUGAGACAAAUGUCAACGUUAUUGAUCUUGAUGGUCCCAAAGGCAUAAAGAAAAGGGACUGUUCUAACAAGGCAAAGAAGCGGCCUAAAUCUUGGGUGGAAAAAUUAGCAAGAAAGAGAAAGACAAAUGGAGUGCAAAAAAAGAAAAAACAAUCAACAGAUUUGGAACCAUUUGCACCCAGAACUGGACUUGUCCAGCAACAGGCUUCAUACUCACUUUUACCUGAUAUGCACCAACCAUUGGGACUUGUUCCCAUGACUAAUUCACAUAGUGAUUUCAUUUCUGUGGAAGAGCACUUUGGAGUUGGAACUGAAGUCAUUAAUCCUAACCAAGAUCCAAACAGAAGUGUAUAUUAUAACUUUGGGGCUGCAAAUAGUUAUUUUUGAGAAGAACUGCAGAUUAAGAAGAACUCGUUGGUUGAUAUUUUUGGGGUAGGAAGUUGUUGAAUUUGGAGCUUCUAUUUUUUUUGCUAAUUUUGAUGUAAUAGUUGCAGAUAAAGGACUUGGCUUGUUGAUAAUUUGGGGUAGGAAGUAUUUGAAAGUUGCAGAUAAUAGACCUGGCUUGUUGAUAAUUUCGGGUAGAAGUAUUUGAAUUUGGAGCUGCUCAUUUUUUUUUUUUGACUAAUUUUGAUGUAAUAGCAGUUUGGCGGCUUAUGUUUAAUUGAAGGUUGAAAUUUUUGUUUUGUUCA